CUAUAGAAACGCGCGAACGCACACAAACCACCAAUCUAAUGACACCUUGACAAACAUAAAGCUCCCCAACCUCCUCACUCGACAACACACAAAACCAGACCUUCCAACCUCGGCCAUGGCUUCUCUAACAUGUCUUCCUUAUACUCUUCUACCCAUUGUCUCUCCCUCUUCUUCUUUUACUUCUUCUUCUUGUUCUGCUGCCACAUGUCUUGUUCCGAGCAACCCAAAACGGUGUCGUGUCGGUUUGCAGAGCAGCCGGAGCAGACAAAGAUUUGGUCUGAGUACUAGAGCUGCUGUGGACGGGGUUUCGGCUAUGGACGAGGUUUCUGGAUUAGCUAAAGACGCCGUGGAUGACGUCACGUCUCUGGGAAGAUCGCCGUUAAAGCUCAAGUUGUUGACUGCUGUUGCUGGGCUAAAUAAGGGUCUUGCAGCGAGUGAGGAUGAUCUACGAAAGGCAGAUGCUGCUGCGAAGGAGCUUGAAGCUGCUGGAGGCCCAGUGGAUCUCUCAACUGAUAUCGAUAAACUACAAGGGAGAUGGAAACUGGUAUAUAGCAGUGCAUUUUCUUCCCGAACUCUUGGUGGGAGCCGCCCUGGGCCUCCCAUUGGAAGGCUCCUCCCAAUUACUCUUGGCCAGGUAUUCCAACGGAUUGACAUCUUGAGCAAAGACUUCGAUAACAUAGUGGAGCUUCAACUAGGUGCUCCAUGGCCCCUGCCGCCUAUUGAAGUAACUGCCACGUUAGCCCACAAAUUCGAACUCAUAGGUUCCGCAAGGGUUAAGAUUGUAUUUGACAAAACCACUGUAAAGACAACCGGAAGCUUAUCACAACUGCCUCCAUUAGAGAUUCCUAGGAUACCUGAUGGACUAAGGCCAUCAUCUAACAGUGGGAGCGGUGAAUUUGAAGUAACCUAUGUCGAUGCCGAUACCCGCAUUACCAGAGGAGAUAGAGACGAGCUAAGGGUUUUCGUAAUUGCUUGAGUCCUGGUAGUUUCUCUUUCAAGGCCACUGCAUCACCCACUGUUAAUCUCACAUGUUUGUUGUGGUCCCUUUGGUUUUAUAGUAUUACCUUCUUGAUUGUAUAUGCAUGAACACAGCUGGAGAGAGAUUCCAUGAGCAGUUUUCGAUGAGGAAUAACUGUUUUAUACUUGUACAUUUGUCAUCCAUACGGUGAAUCUUCUUUGUCACUCUUAUCUGCAUUCUAUUUGCUGAUGUAUACAUAUAGGAUUCCAUACAUAGAGACAACAAUAGUUCAGUAAUUGCAAUUGCUUGUUAUCUUGCGCC